AUGUUUGUCAUUAAGCCUUUUGUAAACCCUGAAGAUAACUAUGAUAGCUUAGAAGAAGAGGAAGAAGGAGGCUUUUCGUGUCCUCUAACUCUCCACCUUCUUCGUGAAUGGAAAAACAUUUUUGUUCAUUCUCGUAGAGGGUUAAUUUUGGCUUCUUUUUUAAAUUUAAAUUAUAGUAAAUUAUUUCUUCCAAACUUAAAUAGAUCCAAUUGGAAAGGCGAGAAUUAAUUUAAAUUUAUAAAAUUUAUGUCUUUCAAUACAAAUUGUUUUAAAAUAAAACAGAAUUAGGUAGAGGCUUCAUUAUACUAAUUACUGCUUAUAUAUAGGAAUAUUUUUCUUAAAUAAUGUUUUAUCGCUCACGUGGAUAAUUUUAUCUAAAACAUAGGAAUUUUUCCAAUGGUUUUGUUAGCUCAAGGGAAAGUAAAUGAAAUUUUAGAAAGUGAAGGAUCAGUUGGUAAUCCCUAUAUAGAUCCAAAAAAAAUCGAAUCUGAACAGAAUCGAAUUCACUUCGAAAAUACUAUAAAACAGCUCAAAUGGAAAAUUGAAAAGUCAAAUAAGGCAUAUGAAGCACAAUGAAAUGAGUGAAAUAAAGCAAAAACAAGAUUGAAAGAGUAAAAUAUAUCUAGAUGCGAGUACCGGAAUAAAGAACUUAUUGAUGAAAAUAGAACGCUGAAUAAAAAACUGGGAAAUCUGAGGGAGAUUUUGGAAAGCAUUACUACUAAUUCGGAGCCGAAUUCGUCUGUGAUUUUAGAAAAGCCAGGAAAAAAGGAAGAAAAUAAAGUUGCCGAGCCAGUUAAGGAGGCUGAAAUAGUAAAAAAUGCAGGCCCCAGGCAAGAUGAUACAAAAAUAAAUCUGAAAAAAGAAUUAAAAAAAAAUUAUCUUAUUAAGUCUAUUACAUUUAGCAUCUGGUCCAGCACAAAUAGGACCUCGGGACCCCCCACCCCAUAUACAUAGCUUUUUGUAGAAUAUUUAAUAGUUUAAGCCUAAGUGAAGGAACUAAAGUUUUAUACUCUAAACUAUAGCUCAUACCCCUUUAUAGAUCCCUUUAUCGAGCAAAGUGUACUUGACUAUUGAAAGACCAAACAGACUCUCUCAAAGAGAUGAGCUCAAUCUCUAUAUCAGAAAGUUCUAAAAAGUGGCAUGCCAAAAAAUAGUGGCAAGUGUGAAAAAAGUUGGUAAGCAAAUACGAUUAGACUUAAGAUAAUUAAUUAUUCAUCUCUUUCGUUAAAUUGAUUUAAUAAAAUAAUAUCUACAUGUAGAUUUGACUAUGGAUUAUCUUUGGAUUUACAUAAGUCAAGAUUCUACUGGAGUUUUUGAUUGAUAUGCUUACUGGAGUUAUAGCACUUGGAGAUCUAUACAACCGUUUACUCAAGAAGUUCCUCCUUUGCAUUCUCAAUUUAAAAGUUCAGGUGCAAUUUCUUCCAUACUGGACUCUAUCUUUAUAAUCGCUUAAAUUGAAAUAAAAUUCAAUUUUAUAAUAAAAAAUUUUAUAGAUAAAAAAAUCAUAAUUUUUAUGUAAAAAGUUUCGGUAUAAGUUAAAUGCUUCUUCUUAACUAAAAUUAAAAAUUUAGUUAUAUCUUGCUCUUUUUUAAAGAAAAGAACAUAAAGAGCUUUUUAUUUAAAUACAUUUAUUAUCUUUAAUUGCUAUAUUUUUAAAAAUUUUUCAACAAAAAUAUAAUUUAUUGCAUUUUAUUUCUUAUCACGCAUAUGAUGUUAUUUGAAUUUAUUAUUUAGAAACCAAAUAUACGUUUCAAAACGCAAAUUUUAGUGCGCCAAAUUAAUAAUUUAAAUUUUAUAUGAAAAUAGUGUGUAUAACUGCCAUAAGAAAUUAAGCCAAGGGAUUAUAUUUUUUAUUUAAAUAAUUUUGAUAAAAAUUUAAUGCGAAUUCUUUACAAAAAUUGAAAAUUUACUUUAUUUCUUCUUUAUUUUAGCAAAAGAGUAUAAAUAGCCACUUAAUUAAACAAAAUUAACACUUUGAUCGAUAAAUUUUCUAGAAAUUUAUUAAUCUAAUUCGACACAUUUUUUAAUUUUUUUUUAAUUUUUUUUUAUAAGAAUUUUAUAUUGAUUUUUUAAUAAGAAUUUUAUAUUGAUUUUUUUUAUAAAAAAAUUUUCUUAACCCUUCUUUUAAAUUGGAACAAAUAUUUGGUCCAAUUUAAAGGGAGGGAGUUAAAUCAAAAUCCUACUGGAGUUUUUGCACGAUAUGCUUACUGGAGUUAUAACACUUGGAGAUCUAUACAACCGUUUACUCGGGAAGUUCCCCGUUUGCAUUUUCACUUUUGGCAAUUUCUUUCAUAAUGGACUCCAUCUUUAUAAUCACUUAAGUCAGGAUCCUACUCGAGUUUUUGAUUGAUAUGCUUACUGGGGUUAUAGCACUUGAAGAUCUAUACAACCGUUUACUCGGGAAGUUCCCCCUUUGCAUUUUUAAACUCAUUUCUAUAACUUUAUCUUACAUAAACAAAUAACCAAAAAUAUUAAAUCUAUUAAAAUUUAUAUGUAGCAUUUAUUAUUAUAAUUAUCAUUAAUUAAGGCCUGAAAAAUAAGAUUUUUAAUUAUUAAUCAAUUUCAGUCUAAUUGGGUAUGUUAAGUUUUAAAUUAUUUUAUUAAUAAAGCCAUUUUAAAAAUUUGCGUGUUUGCUUACCAACUUUUUUCACACUUGCCACUAUUUUUUGGCAUGCCACUUUUUAGAACUUUCUGAUAUAGAGAUUGAGCUCAUCUCUUUGAGAGAGUCUGUUUUGGUCUUUCAAUAGUCAAGUACACUUUGCUCGAUAAAGGGAUCUAUAAAGGGGUAUGAGCUAUAGUUUAGAGUAUAAAACUUUAGUUCCUUCACUUAGGCUUAAACUAUUAAAUAUUCUACAAAAAGCUAUGUAUAUGGGGUGGGGGUGGGGGGGUCCCGAGGUCCUAUUUGUGCUUGGCCAAGCAUCUCCUACGAGGUCACCUCAUCUCCAGCUAGUGCGGUACCACUCUGGGUUUCCAUUUUCUCGCAUUAAGAGACUUUUAAGGGGAAGGAGCCACAGGAUAGAUGCCAAAGCUGGUUCUUUGCUUCCCUAUAGUUAUCUGUACAGAUUCAUAGUAAAGCCAAACCACAUGGAAGAACUGAAUGAUCUCGACAGAGUAAAUAUUUGAUUAUGAAUUAAAAGAUAUCAAGCUUCUAACUCAGAGCUGGGUUACAUGAAAUACCAAUAUAGCAAGAAUUUUUGAAUUGAUCAAGAGAUCGAAAGGUAUCUCAUACGUUCGCGACAAUCUAACAGAUUUCAAGUGCGAAUAA